GCACACACAAAAAUCCUCCUGCUCACAUGCACACACACACCCUCGCAGUGCAUGCAUCGAGUGGAGUCACAGCUACGGUGCUGCAUAGUAGUGAGGCAACGAAAGGAAGAAAGAGCAUUCACUCUUCGUCUCGUAAGCUUGGGGAAAGCAGAGUGGAGAAGUUGCAUGACACAGUGGUCUCAGCUGAAGAAACUAUGGAAACUAAGAGGUGAAGGUAGAGGAGAGGACAAAGUAACAGCUGGCCGAAGUGGAGACUUUCUUCUGAGGGAUUUAUGAGCCCUUGUCAUGCUGCUGCCCUAGAUGAUCAUCUCUUGUUGACAGGAGCCUCUGUGAUUUGGAUUUCCCACAGAUCAAACUUUGGUUUCUGAGCAUUUUCUGUGAAUUAAGCGUCUGGAAGCAGGAGACAUGUCAAACGGAUGUUUCAGUCACCUGUUGAGAGGAUUAUGCUUGCUCUGGCAAGCAAUAUUUGUGGUCAGUGCUGGGAGUGCUGCGAGUAAACUAUGGGAAGUGCCCACAGAUCCCUUCUCUUUCUCCUCCAAUCUCAGCGGGAGCCUGCAGUGGGAGCCCCACUGUCAGUAUCACCACCUACAGGACAGAGUGAAAAUCACCACAGACAUCCCACCAAUGCUGGAUGGCACCUGGGUGUCAACAAGAUGUGAAGUUCGCCCAGGUCCGGAGUUUCUAACCCGGUCCUACACCUUCCACACCAGCCGUCAUUUCCAGGCCCUACAGCACUACUACUCCGAUAGUGGCUGUGAAGAUCCAGUGUACUCCCUGAUGAUCAGGGGGAAGAUUCGUCUGCGUCAGGCUUCGUGGAUCACCCAUGGGGGCACAGAGGCUGAACACCACCUCAGCAAGGUGGGCAUUGUGGUUCACACCGUUGCAGCAAAGCAGAGACUGAUCUCCAGGCUUCCUCCAGCCUGCGUGGGCAUGAGCCUGGGAAGAGUUGUGCCAGGGAAGCUGUAUGAGCUGUACAACACCCGGGCAGGAAGGGGAUGUCUGGCAGCGCUGGGUUUCACUAUGAUGGAACUGGGUCUGGUACGAGUGGAAACGCAGUACCGCAGCCAUGGAGGAAAGGUUCAGGAGCUGUUCCUGGGUGAUAUUCACACGGACUGGACCCAGAGAACUCAGCACAGACCUACAGGGUACCAGCAGCCACUGCAGAGCGCCUUGCACCAUGUCCACCCUUGCCCUGUGUGCGCUCUGGUGUACCGCUCUUCAGAGCAGCGCCCCCCCGUGUUGCUCCACAACCCUACAGUUCCUCUGUCUCUAUCUGGCCGCUGGGUAAGCCAGCGCUGCGAAACCCGUCCCACUGUUCUCUUCCUCACCCGAGAAUUCACCUUCAAUCCUAGUCAGCAUGCCUGGGAAGGCAUCUACAGACACUACUCUGAUUCUACCUGCUCACAGCCCACUUUCAUCCUGAGAGCAGUGGGCCAUUACGCUGAGGGAAACCCUUCUGCCAAACUCUCAGGAGCAUCUGAGUUUGUCUUCAAAGUAACCCAGGUGAAAGUCACAGCCUUGGACAAGCCCAGAGUAAAGUUGCUGAACAGUACAAGACCAGGAAAGUGUGGCAAAGCAGGACGCUGGGAGGUUGGGAUGGAGCAGGACUUGACUCCCACAAAUGGGUGCACAGUGUUGGGUAUCAAACUGCCACAUAAGGAGUAUGAGCUCUUUAAGAUGGAGUUGGAUCACAAAAAAAACCCUCUUUUAUUCAAUGGAGAGCGGCCAACCGAUGGGUCCACUCCUGACAGACCACUAAGGCGUCCCACCUCCUUUCAGGCUGCCAUGGUGCUUUGCAGUGGGGAAGAGCCUCAGUCCUCUGAUUCAAGUUUUAACAGCAAGCAAAUACAGUUAGUCAGUGGGACAGAGAAGCUGACACAGCUGGUCCUCCUGGUGUUUGGAUGUGCACUGCUCAGCUGGCUUGGUGUUUAUUAGAAACAUUGUUCACAAAAUUAACCUGUUACACAGCUGAAGUCAGUGAUAGUUGUUAUUUACUGGCAGCUGCCUUUCAUUCUUCCUCCACAUAAUGAUGACCACAUGCGAGAUAGCUGAAAGGAAUCAAGAGACAUUCAGGAGAACUGAACGGUUCUAUAUCUGGCUUCAAGAUGCUACUUGCGGGUUCACCAGCUCCUUUUCUACGUAAACUAAUCUGCACAAACCAACAGCAUAUCAGUGCCAUCAAGUUUCUUCAUUCCAUUAAUGUUAUGUUUGGAUGUCGAUGAAACAAAUGCUUUUUUACUUUACAGCUUAAUUUCUUUAUUAUAUAUAAGAAACAGCUGUUCUCUUGUGAUAAUACAACAUACUAUAAUAGAAUUGAAAUUUGGAUAAGUUAUCUCCACACCAUAUAAUAAGCCAUGAUCCUUUCAGCUGACUUUUUAACAAGAGGCAACAUAACUAAUGCACUUCUUACAUAUUAUUUUAUAAUCAAUAUACUGGAAAGGCAAGAAGCCAGAUAGAAAAUGUAAACAGCUGCCGUGGUUCCUGUCAUGCCACUGUGGUGUGAAAUGUUGUUUUAUCUUUAAGCUCUUUUAAAAUUUGUGCUUUAUUGCUUUUCUGUCAGCAGUCAAAGUAAACAAAUCUAAUGAAUAUUUAUUUCUACCAUUUAUACUGUAUGUUUUUAUAAAAAGAGAUUUUUUUGUCAAAUAUUUUAGUUACUUUUGUCAUUUAAUAUUUUAUAUAUCUAUUAAAAUUGCUUUUCAUAAGA